ACUUAGUUAGUCUUCAAGAGUUCACUGGUGGAGCCUGGACCCAUAUCCUUCCUUCUCUUUUGUUAAUAAAACAGCUAAAAGGAAAAUGCGAUCAAAGAAGCAACAGACUGUUCAGCCCCCAGCCACCAGGAUGAACCUCCGCAGCUACAGGAACAUGUCUCUUGUACCCAUAGAAACCUCAUCCUCUUCCUCAGAUGACAGCUGUGACAGUUUCGGUUCUGAUGGGUUUGCAAAUACGAGAAAGAUCUUAAAACCAACCAGAUUCUCUCCACGGAGGGCUAAGGCAUCUGAGGUGACCUCUGAGGAAGAUACACGCAGCAGCUUUGAAGACAAGAACCUCAAUGAGGAGAUGAACGCUAUGAAUGUGGACUCUGACAAUGACUCAGUGGAGCCAGAGCCAGAGCGGCGAUCCCGACGCUCCCACACGCUGAAAGUGGCCCUGAAGUUCCCCCCAAGGAAGAGUGCUCAGAAGCGGCCUGCGUCUGGGCCCAGCCCAGCCACCAAAGACCCUGACUCUGAUGCUGAGGAUGAUUUCUUGACCAAGAGAGCUCUGAACGUCAAGGAGAACAAAGCCAUGCUUGCAAAAUUAAUGGCUGAGCUCAACAAAGUCCCAGGGCUGUUUCCCAAAAGAGCUUCCCUACCCAUGACCAAUACGCCUCGACGUGUCCCACGCCACUCUUUGGGGGGGCCGACCAGGAAGAACCCUGAGCGGACCUCACGCAUCCACACACGCUCACGGUCACAGGUGGAUGGCCCACCCAGCCCUGUGUCUGACGAUGAUCCCGAGGACAAGUUCAGCCUGGUGCGCAAGAGUCGCAACUACGAAGAGGUGGACGAGCCGAGGGAGCCGCGGAGGAGAAGCUAUAAUGGAAUCAUGGCCAUCCCACACACGGUCAGGCCGGUGGAGGAGAUCACCGAGGCUGAGCUGGACAAUAUCUGCAACAACGUUCGGGAGAAGGUCUACAGUAGCUCCAUGGGUUCCACUUGCCACCAGUGUCGGCAGAAAACUACGGACACCAAGACCAACUGCCGUAACCCUGAGUGCGUGGGUGUGAGGGGUCAGUUCUGUGGGCCUUGCCUCCGCAACCGCUAUGGGGAGGAAGUUCGUAAUGCCCUGUUGGACCCAGAGUGGCUGUGCCCGCCAUGCAGAGGAAUCUGCAACUGCAGUUUCUGCAGAGCGCGCGAGGGACGCUGCGCCACAGGUGUACUGGUCUACCUGGCCAAGUAUCAUGGCUAUGACAAUGUCCAUGCCUACUUGAAAAGCCUGAGAAAAGAGUUGGAGGAAGAGGAAAGCAAGUAAAUGAUGGAUGUCUGCCUGCUGAGUCUAGAUACAGUUCUCUAUCAGUUCUUAACCAUUCUGCAUGCUCAGUUAGAGAAGACUAAAAGAAUCACCCACUGAUUUGUCUUAACAGUGUGCAAGUUGCACAGUGUAGACUGUUGAAAAUGGCCUACCAUGAAAUGUUUUUUAACUUACAUUGUUAUAAAUGUAUAAAGUUGUCAAAGAAUGAAAAAGACUAGCCCCAGGGAAAGUGGUAACAGUCUGCUUUUGUACCUUUUUUAAUUCCCUUUUGACAAUACUGUCAAUACAAGCAUUAAAAAAGAAAGAAUACCUAAGAGAUCGUAAACUGUACUUUUAAAGCAAUCUGAUAUGGACAUGUUUUUAAAAAUUUUUAACAUGUUAGUACUGUUCUUGUAAAACACAGGUUCACUGUGUUUUUUUUCUUCUUUCUGUUCAUAAAACAUUUCUCGUUGCCAACGUUCCUCUGUUGAGUAGUCCCCCCUCCUGCUGCCCCUGAGGUGCUCAGGGUGGAGAGGGCAUCGUGAGUCUGGACCAUUACCCUUUCCUUCUAGUGCCGAGAGGAGCCGCGUGAUAUACGACAGCGCCUGCUUGAAUCCUUCAUUAGAUAACUGUCACUAAUGGUGUGGAAACAAUUAGCAGUUCUCUAAUGGGAAUCUCGUACCUGUAAAUCAUUUUUUCCUAUUAAAGCACUUUUGCUCUCCUC